AUGAGGUCCGAGAAGCCGGACUCGGAACUUGAAGAUGCCACCAGUUCUUCUUUUGCAGUCCGUACAACAGGUUGGCUUUUGGACGUGCCCAAGGUGCUUCGCUUCUACUUGGCUAAGCUGAGGGCAGGCUCCCGCACGCGUGUCAUUCUGACAGCGAUAAUCUUCAUGCUCGUGACUCUUCAGGUGACUGUUGCAGUUAACGAGAAAACGUUAGGCCAAGUCAUUGCGGAGGGACGUCCGAAUAACAAGUUUGAGGAUGCAUUCCCGUCCCCUGAGGAAAGAGAGGACUUCCGCACCCCCGCGUCGGCGUUCUCACUUGACGACGACGAUCUUUCGGUGAACGACCCCGAAGCGUUAAAUGUGGUCUUAAAUGACCUUGAGUUUUCACAGAUGAAUCUUGCCACGUUUGUGGGCAAUAUCGACACGGUUGAUACUGAGUUAUCGGACGCUGAUGGUCCUACGUGUGCUGAUCUACGGUAUCACGAGAUGGUGGGUGUUUCUAACAAAUUUGACAUCGGUGUGAAUCUCAAGCGCGUACGCGAACUCGUGUUUGAAGCCGGAUAUGAGGCUCUUGCUGAGGGAGAAGUUAGCGAGAAGACCCUUGAGCGCAAAAUCAAGGACCAUUGGUUUACUUUCCACGCGUCCUCGGUCUACUUACCCGAGUAUGGAGUCCACUACGUUGCUCGCCGAAUCAUUUUCUCCGCGGAAAGUCGCUCCGAUCGCUCGACGAUAUCUUUUGUGGUUGCACAGCUGUUUGACAAAGCGUGGAACGAGCUUACGCAAUUCCAGUUCAAAUCACACGCUGAGGGCGAGUCAGGGCUACAGACCCACUUGUUUCCCAAGGUGUUUCCUAUGGAUUGUGUCUGGGGACCAGGAUUAUAUUACGAGGGAGCGGAAGAUCCCAGAGUGAUUGUUCGUCAUGGCUCCAAGGGCCCAGAACCUAUAGUGGUGUUCAACAUGAAAGCAAAGGAUUUGGACAAUAAAAGAGCGAUGCAUGCACUCUUUCCCUUCCAGAACGAUCGCACGAUUUUGCUCAAGAUUGAAGGACGUGAUGCACGUGAUACCGAGAAGAACUGGGUUCCUUUCUUUGAUGCCCAGUCAGAGGACUCAAAAUACCCCGGUGGGUUCAUCUACUUCAUCUACUCAUUCGACCCAUUGGAGGUGAUACAGUGUGAUCUAAGCUCUGGAAACUGUGGGGUGAUAUUCACUGGACCUAACUCCGAUACAGGUGCUCUCAGAGGAGCAACCAAUCUGGUUUCCAUACCAGGAGCCAAAUUUGCAGACGGAAGACAGGCGUGGGUCGGGUUUCCGCGUACACGUAUCGUGAACUGCGGCUGUGGAGACACGACAUACCGUCCUAAUUUGAUGGUGUUCGUGAAACAGGGAGACCAGUUCAUUAUCGAUCUUAUUUCUGGCUCCAUCGACUUCAACCUGAAGGUGAUGCCUUGGGAUGGGGUUGGCGAAUCGUGUUCGGGCCGCUAUUCGGUGCUCAUACCAAAUAGUGUUGACAAUUGGGAGAUAACGCAGUACCUGGGAGACAAUUACUUUGAGGAUUACAUGACUGUCACCUUCUCAGAGGCCGACCGGACGUCAUCCGUGGUGCAAGUUAAGGGACUUUUGAACUAUAUCCGCCGCAUACCCGAAGCAAAGACUCCACACGAGGAUCUCGUUGCCCGUACGGCCAAGUCAGUUCAAUGUGCCAUUGGAGACGCCGAGGAUUAUUGUUUUAAGUAUGGUCAGCGGUACGGAGGACGGAUUCUGAGUGAAGAUGAGCUCAAAUGGGGAGAGUGA